GGAGAAAAUGUUGGCGUUUUGCAAAACUUCCAUCUUCGACUGCGUCUUCUCAUUCUUCUCCUACCCAACCUAUUCUUCUCAUCGUUCGUAUUCCGAUCAGCCAUGGAGGACGAGAUUGAAUUGAAAACUGCCCCUGCCGAUUUCCGUUUUCCUACAACAAACCAAACAAGGCACUGCUUCACCCGUUACAUUGAGUUCCACAGGUGCACAACUGCAAAGGGUGAGGACUCCAACGAAUGCGAGAGGUUCGCCAAGUAUUACCGCGCUCUCUGCCCUGGAGAAUGGGUUGACAAGUGGAAUGAGCAGAGGGAGACUGGAACUUUUCCAGGCCCUCUCUGAUUCAGAAAAAUAACCUCUCUUCUAUCAUUUUUUUUUCUUCAAGUUUGUGUGACCAAAAGGUCGUGUGGAUGAUCAUGAAAUCUAACACUCUUGUCUUCUUUUGUUAAGCAUUUUCGUUUUGGGUGAUCAAAUAAAUUGCAAGACAUUCUCUGUGAUUCAAUUUUCAAUUUUUAAUUCUCGA